AUGGGUGGUGUAGACGCUGUGGAAGAAGAACACGAUGGACCAACUGACUUGCAAAAUAAGAGCCCGGCCCGGCCCGCCACAAAAAUGUGUAAUUUUUUUUUAAUUUUUAAACAUUUUUCGCGUAUUACGUCAGUAUUUCGAUGCGUUUAAGUUUCAACGACACUCCGGAAAUUCGCCUUCUCUCCUUGUUUAGCAAAUUUUCCACGAUUUUUCCGGAAUUUUCGAUAAAAGACGCGUAAGGAGAGGUCUCUCAGGGGUCAGUCAGUCCGGUCCAACACACAUCUUUGUCCCUCUCUCUCUCCUCUUUUCUUUGUGCCUCUAUUCGUCUUCGCCCUAAUUCGAUGCGUGCCGACCCUUACCACUUUGUGUUUGAUUCCUUCUCAAACCGCUGAGCUAACUGCUCUGGAAACUCGAUUGCAAUCUAAUAAGAAAAGCUCUAUUUCGCAAUCUAAUCAGAUUUAAUUGAAGUUCCAGUAAAAUCGUAUUAGAUUACAAUAUAUUUUUUCUGAAUUGCAAUCUAAUAAGAAAACAUUGCAAUCUAAUUAGAAAACAUUGCAAUCUAAUUAGAAAACAUUGCAAUCUAAUUAGAAAAAUUGCAGUGAUUGCAAUCUAAUUAGAAGAUUCUGCAAUCUAAUUGAAGCAAAUUCAAUUUCAAACGAGUUUGUAUUAGAUUGCAAAGUUUUCUAAUUAGAUUGCGAUCGAGUUCCAAUUCUUAUAUGUAAGAAUUGGUUGUAAGGUGUUUCGCUGCUUUUUCUUUCCAAAAGUACACAAACGUUAUCGACUUUUUUCUGUCCGAUUGUAGUGUUUAAAUUCAAGGAUACUUUUUUCAAACACCCGCUUUUUCUUGUGGCCGGCGGACUAGAAAACACAAGGGUAAUUAUUUGUUUUCGAAUGAUUCGGUUUUGUUAUAGACUUCAGAUUUAAAAUUAUCUUUUAAAUUAUAGGUAAUACUUCGUGAAACCUCGUUCCUUUUCGUCAAUUUCCCAUUUAUUUUCAGUGCUCGAAGAUUAUCGAUCGAUCGAAAUGGCGGAUGGUCGAAUGCGGUUGAAUGCGGUUGUGAAAGAGGAAAUGGAAGAGGUUCCACUCUACAUGCGGCGUCUCCAGAAGGACCCGCCGAGCCUCCCCGAACCGCAAUACAACAUUUCGCUGGAUGCGUUCGUCAAAAAAAUUGAAACAAAGUCGGAGGUGUCCAUACUGACGAAAGAAGAUGGCAUUCAGGUGAAACAGGUCAUUCUCGAGGAGAUUGGCAAGAAUCGGGCACUGUGGAACUGCGACAGAAGCAUUCCGGCCGACUGGACGAAGGCUUCGAUGGCCGUGUACUGCCGGACGAAUAAAGCGUACACGAGUGAGUCUGAACAAUCCUCAAGUAAUGUAGAAUUGAGAUAUCAAAGACUGUCAAAAGUAGUGCUGUACUCUGUAAAACUGAUCCCUUUCCUCUUCCAGAUGAAACCCUCAGAACAGUCCAUAGACUAGCGAAGGACAAUCUAAAGACGAAGCUGCGAACGUGUAUUCUGAAGAAUAAGUUGACACCGGUGGAGGUGGAGAACUAUCUGGAGACGUGGGACCUCUACCCGUUCUUCCGUUACUUCCGAGAACGGACCGUGUCCCUUGAGAAGGCUCUGAGGAAGGCCGCAAAUAAGAAUUCCCGCAUUCGUGACCUGCCGGAUUCGGAGGAGGAGGAGGAUGAGACAGAUGUGGAGGACCUCGCCGAAAUGAUCAACGACGAAGAGCGGUCGAAGCGUCGCGCGUCGAAACGGAAGGCCUCGGAGGCCGGAGAGUGAGUCAUUCAAGAGCGAAUUGAGGCCGAACGAAUGGUUUUUGCAGUGGUCCUUCGAUGCACAGCUACUCGGAACACGCCGAGUUCCAGGGAGGAUCGAAUGCACAACUCCUGCAAUAUGUCACGGUCAGUCUUACUAGGGUAGUCCUUCUGUUGAGUUUUUAGUGUGCUAAAUACAGUUUCCUAACGCGAAAAGUUUCAGGCGCAGGUGAAAAGUGAAGAACAGCAGAAUGCCUACGUUCAUCCUCAGCACUUUGACGGAUAUGGCCAGCACGAAGUCUACGCUCCUCCACCGAACUCCUACAUUCCACAGGACAUGGCACAAUCUCAGUGUUCGGUAAGUCAUACUCUCACUUGUAAAUUUCGGAAAAAUUACUGUCGGAAUGUGUUCAAGUCUUCGAACAUAGUGCAUUCCCCAAAUUACACUGUUUUAUUUCCAGUACUCGUGUCCGUGCAUAUCCAAGAGGGGCAAACACAUUGGCGACGACCGACUGGCGGAUCUGGAGGGAUUCGAAUCGCAGAUAUUGCGAGUCAUGAAGGACCGUACCGAUCAGAUCGCGAUUUUCGUGUCGGCAGUGUACAAACUCCUUCUUCCGUUUGAGGACAGAUCCUUCAAGAACGCGUACGAAGCGUUUGAGUAUGUACUUGCCCAAAGAAAGAUAUAAUUGAAAGCAGGUCUGUGAUCUCAUGGCUAGAAUAGGCCUCGUUCUUUUAUGCUAAACGAUCCGAGUUUUCUCCUAUUAUCUCGCUACUUGUAAGUUUCCCAAGUUCUCAUGCUCUGUUGUAUUUUCGAAUACGUUUUCUCGAUAAUAAAGUGCACUUCCCAGGAAUGGUUACAAAAGAAAUUAAGAGAAAUCUGGAAGUAAUAAAAUCUUCAGGCGGCCUGUUACUUAUUGUUAGGCUUGAGCCUCAAGACCCUUGAAAAGUUAUUUUCCGUGAACGUUCUUGUGUUGAUACUGAAAGUACUUGGUCAUGCGGUCAUUUCAACCCGUGACACUUUCCCGAGCAACAAAAAAAGAGAGCGAAAGACGCAGACACGAAAACGGUUAUUACACAACAUUGAUUGUUUGCCUCCGUUUUCCUCACUUGCCUGCUGAAAGUGACUUUUUUCCAGUUCAGCACAAUGAAUAACUUGUCGGCGAUGCCGGAUUUGGUGAAGGAAAUGAUUGUGAGUUGGACGGAUUUUUCGUCAAAGUGAGUUUUCACUGAAAACGCCGAAGAUUGAUCAUUUUCAGACUUUCCCUUCGUAAUGUCUCACACGACUUUCGAUACUUUGUCGAUAAAAGUCAAGUCUAUUUAUGGGCGGUUUCCAUCUCAUUCCAUCCCGUUUUCAUGAUGAAAGAGCUCGAAAAACACAUGCUCGUGUUCGAGUACAUCGCCGGAAACCCUCCGAUGUUGGACGUUCAAGUAUGGGAGUCUUCUGACCACAAACCGGUCCCCGUAUCGAUCGAUCAGUUUGGCCAUUUGGCCAGAAACCCGAAAUUCAAGUUGGGCACUCUGAACAUUGACACAGUUCUGGCACAUGACGUUCUGUCGGACGGACAACGGUUGAAGGGGUUGGAGGAUCGCUUCUUCGCGGACGUUUUAGAGGUCCUCAACUCGUUUGCACAUGGACUUUCCGUUGAAAACUUUGAAAUUCGAUUCGCGGGGAGAUCAACUCACUUCUCGGCAGUUCUCACCAACAUUUCACCCAGAACCAUUCAGACAAUUUCGAUUACUUUCACUACCGAAAAUGGUGUAUUGGACACGAAGGAAAUCGAUAAAAGUGAACAGUGGAAGAGUGCAAAAGGCCUUAUUUGCAGUGGAUUUACACUGAAUUGCCCAGUUGAGAACCUCGGUCACUUCACGCGAUUGCAUUGUGAAUUGAUGACGUUCGUGACUCCUGCCGACGUCGUUUUUCUGAAAGAGGUUAGUAACGACAGCCUUGCAUAAAAUGAUUAACUAGGAAAGUACUGUUGAACAUAUAAUGUUUGUAAGUGGUAACUUGCAGAAGUACCUCCAACUACAAAACUUCGAGAACUGUGUGAUAGUCUGUGAUGGUUUCGAGAAGGCCGCCGUCACUGAAUCCAUGGGCGUUCCUUACCUCCAAAUGCCGCCAUGUACGACUUUCCGCUUCCCGAAAGACGACUCUUUUCUGACACUUGUGGUUCAUGAUAACUACAUUUUGUUCGCAUAA